AUUACUUUAGCGCCCUCUAAUUUCCAUAUAACUAUAAUGGCGGAUAGGUUGACGCAAUUACAAGAUGCCGUAAAUGCGCAAGCAGAAAACUUGUGCAAUAGUAUUGGAGUUCUUCAACAGUUUGCUCCUCCUAGCAGUUUCCCAGAGUUUGAAAAGUCGGCAUCUAAACCAACUCAAUCAUCUUCAGAAGACUAUGCUCAGCUAUUUGCUACACUUAUAGCAAGGACAGCUAAAGACAUUGAUGUUCUAAUUGAUUCAUUACCAAGUGAAGAAUCAUCUCCAGAGCUUCAGGCUGCUAGUCUUCGUAGACUUGAACAAGAAAAUCAAGAGUCAGCCAAAAGACUUGAGGAAGUGGUUAGGCGAGGCGAAGCACUUUUGGAACAAAUUCAACAAGCUCUUCAUGACAUUGCUCAAUCUCAGUUGGACAUGCAAAGGCUGCAAGAUUCUUUACCAUGAUUUAUUUAUUUGUUUUUUUUUACAAUUUAUUUCAUAUCAUAAGUAUCACUUGUGAACCUCUGUACAUAAUACUAAAUGUUUCUUUUCAUGUAACAUAUUCUCAUAAACCCAAUAAAUGGAAUGAAAUUUAAAAGUGUA